AUGCUGCAUGGCUUCAAUAUCACAGACGCAGGGGGUGUGCCUCUUGCAGUCGAUUUUGACAGUCCUCUGGAUUACCUCAUCUUUAUUUUCCAGCUGUUGCUUGGAACAGCAGCUGUCCUCUUAUCUGGCACCGUAACAAUCGGAAUAUUGGCAACAAAAACACUUCGCAUUCAAAAUAGGUUUAUUUUCAUGGUGAACACUAGCAUUUGUGAUACGCUGGUUGGCUUUUCGGUGUACUACCUCGGUUUGUUUGAUGUAUACGAAGGAUAUCCUCCGAGAAAUGGCACAUAUAAUGUCUUACCCUCAUUUCUUGGGGUCAACAUCCUGACAUUUUUGUUCGCACAGUUUGACAGAUAUUUUGCAGUUUGCUAUCCAUUUAUUUACAGCCGCUUCGUAACGAAACACAUUGUUGUGGGAAUUAAUGUGUAUUGUUGGUUGUAUAACUUUGCCCAUCUACUCGCUCGAAAUGUGAUUCCCCUCUCGAAAGCGACUGAUCUGUUUGUUUUUAGCAUCCUCUCUCUGCAACUGGUGAUACUCACUAAAGUAAUCAUGACAAUAAAACUGUACUUUGUUGCCAAAUACCAGCUUGAGCGAGACCCCCCGGGCGCAGAGAGAGAUAGCAAGAAAGAAUCCUUAAAAAUUAUAUUUUUUGUGGUUAUAAUUUUUUUGCUAUUGUGGAUACCCUCAUUCGUCAAUAUCGUAUUGAGAUUUAUGUUCGGAAUGGGAUUGAAUUUCGUAAACGAGGCCCUAAAUCCUUUUGCCACAUUGGCGCGCCUCAGCGCCGUGUGCACGUCAGCCGUGUACGUGUGGGGCAGUCCGGCGCUGCGUGAGGCCAUGAGGAGGACCGUGUGGGGCCGAGUGUGUCCGAAGUGCAACAGGAGGUGAAGGCAAACGAAUACACCAUAUAAUUGGGCACUGGUAGAAUUGUUUUGUUUCACUUCCUUUUUAGUUGUUUAGGUCCAAAGGCCCGUGGAUUGCACUCAUCGGCAGGCGCCACCCUGGUUUUGAUGGCCUAUGCCUACGCCUCCGCCAAGAAAAAGAAGAAGCGCUGGGCCAAUUUUGAUACAGACGAUGGAUCAACUUGCAGCGCAUCAAACUAACGACCAAACCCCAGGUCUGCUUGUUGGUCUUUUCUGUUUCAGGGGAAUCAACAUCAUAAUGUAUUGCAAACAAAGUAGCAUACACUAAUGAUUGGGAGAAAAAAAAGGUGUUCUUUGUGUAUAUCUCAUGUUCUACCCCUUAGCAUUUAAUUGUUUUGCCUUCACCGACCAAAGGGCCCAAUAUUGGGAAGGGAUUUCUGAUUAAGGUGCGAUUAUUGGUCGAGUAGAAUAUUUUCCUGAAGCAAAAAAUGAAAUUUCAAAUUUUUGAAACGCGAUGAAGUAGGCUGCUUCAGUCCAAUAGCCCAAUAUUAAAUGGGGAGCAACCAUUUCAUACCAUUCUCGUUCAGAAUACAAUGCAUAUGCUUUGAAACUGGAAACGAAUUGGUCUGUAUAGAAAUAUAUAGAGGCUUUCUGUGUCCUCCAAACGCAAGAUGGACAGGGUCAAGAUACCAAUUUGACCUUGUUGAUUAAAAAAGUGAGUAGAAUAUAUUCUCAUCUCCUAUGAUUGUAGAUUACUUCACAACUUCCAAAAACCUAUAAUAUGUUUAAGGAUUAACUUUGUGUGUUUCAAUUACUGCAAUCAGUUGAUGAUUUUCCAAAUCUGAAAAACUAACCUGCAUAAUCUUACUGCUUUCAUGCCAUACAUUGCCCCACACAUUAUAGCUGCGAAAAUGAGCACGCCUUUACUUUACUUUACUUAUAUAUUUUGAAAUGCGUUGUAACCCAAAUACCCUAAAUUAAAUUGCGAGAUAUUUGAAG